UGAUUUGUUGAUCAGAUUCAGCGGAUAAUCCAAAGUUGUUCCAUCAAAUGUUCAGACAGGAGAUAUGUAGUAUUCACUUUUGAAUUCGCACGGUUCAGCGAUGACCGAAGGCACGCAGUUCCCCCCGACGGCUACGCCCAAGCAAGACGACCAAGAAUACGACUAUGCGUUUUCCAACAUGAACCGGUCGGAAAGCCCAACCGCGUGUGUUUCGGCCAGUCCGUCCCCCGUUGCCCGCACCUUGGGCAUUGUUGGCCAUGGCGUUGUUGGUCUUUUGCUGAUCUUGGCGGUGCUUACUCCGUUGGCAUUCAACUUUCCAUGGUAUGCCACCGACUUUUCAACCCCCGUGUCCGUGUGGUGGGGCGUGAACCCCAAAGUCAAGGGAAGCGGCCACUCUGAAAUGGUGAUGCCAACGUACUUUUUCUUUGGGAUGGUGCUGCCUGUCGUGGUGGCGGGUGUCCUCUUUACCUUCCUUCAAGCCAAAACACCCAUUGGACCAUCUCCGUUGGCGCCCUUCUUGCACCGCAAGCCCAAACUCUUCAAGUGUUUGGUCAGUUACGGCGAAAUCCUCUUCGUCGUCGUGGUCGUCACCCUCAACGUUCUCGUGUGCUACUACGAAUUCGUCAAGCGAUACAAAGCCACCAAUCAUACGGCCGAUACGUUCAAGAACGUCGGUACAGCGCUUGGCUACACCUCACUCAUCAAUCUGGUUCUCAUUGCCCUUCCCGCCACCCGCCACUCGUUCUGGAUGGAAUGGCUCAACAUUCCAUAUGCACACGGGUUAAAGUACCACAGGUGGAUUAGUGUGUUGACCAUCGUGACGUUGAUGGCCCACUUGGUGUGCUUUCUCGUGUACUACGCCAUUCUUGGCAAGUUGAUGAAGCUGCUUCCGUGCGCCAACUGCGACAUUGCCACGGACGGGAUGACCAACUGGGAGUACUUCUUUGGCAUCCUUUCGGUCUUGUGUUUCGUGGUGAUGGCGGUCACGGCGUUGCCGUACGUCCGUCGCCACUACUACUCGGUGUUCUAUGCCACGCACUUCCUCUUCAUUCCUGCGUCCCUCUUUGCCGUGUUCCACUGGGGCAACAUCAUCUACUUUCUCUUUGCGUCCAUGGUCCUGUACUUGACCAACCUCAUGCUGUCUCGAGCAUCGACGUCCACCCCCGUGACCUUGAAGCACGCCGCUCAACUGUCGUCGGAAGUGGUCGAAAUCACGUUCAAAUGCGUCACGGGGUACAGCCCAGGCGACGCCGUGUGGAUCAAAGUGCCCGCCUUGUCCAAGACCGAAUGGCAUCCCUUCAGCAUCGCGUCGACGCCGUUGGAAACCCCCGGGUUGCUCACCAUCUACGUCAAGAGUCUGGGCAAGUGGACCACGGGGCUCCACCAUUACAUUCGCGACUGCCACGAGAAGAGUGUCCAACCCAUCAUCUACAUGGAUUGCGGGUACAAGUCUGCGCCGCCGAUUCCUGCGACCCACUCGGACGUGGUGUUUGUGGGGGGGGGUAUUGGCAUCACCCCCUUGAUGGGGCAGCUCGUGCAUAUCCUUCGCAGCCACCCCAGUCAAACCGCGUGGCUCAUUUGGAACGUCCGACACAAGGACAUGCUCGUGGGCUUCCAAUUGUGGCUUCACCACAUUGAAACAGUUGGGGGAAACCGGUUGAAGAUCCGGUUGCACGUGACGCAAGACGACACGACGAGCUUCGACGUCGACGCGACGACCAAGCAAUCCAUUCCUGGCAACUUUGACGUGCACAAUGGGACGCCUAUCGAGUCGCGGCCGUACUCGCACGUGAGCACCGUCAAGCGAGUGCUGCUGUUGCUGUUGGCAUUUGCGUUCAGUGGUGGACUGUUGAUUGCUGUCACUUACGGCAACAAAAUUCAGUCCACCCCGCCGCGCCUGUGGCUGGUCCAACGCUUGGUGCAGUAUUGCGUGGUGGUUUUCGGGUGUUUCUUGGCGUACGGUGUCACGAAGUUUGUCAACGAACGACCGCGGCAGCCGCUGUUGCCUGGUGCAGGUGAAUUCUCGUCUGAUGGCAAAGUGCCGUUGACCGCCCACGAGCUGACUGCUCACUUUAACGUGCAAUCUGGCCGCACGAAUUUGGCCGACGUAUUCCACGAAAUCGAAGCGUCGGCGGCAUCGACUGUUGGCGUGUAUGUCUCCGGCCCGAAGAGCUUGAUCAAAGCGGUCGACGCACAAGGACAAGGGAUCCGCAAGUUUCAAAUUCGACACGAAGUGUUCGAGUUGUAGAUUGUAUAAUGCGUCGGUCUGCUACCCACAUACUGCACACUGCAUCGUUAAGUCAAGAUUUAUACCUUUGAAUCAAUAGGGCCAUCAAUGAGCAAUUAAUCACCAUGAUACUUACUACUUCGAAGUACUACUACAGUACAUACUAAUACUGUAGUAAUCGUUGCCA